AUGCCUUCCAGCAGUAAUGCAUCGAACGGCACCUCGUCAUCGACACCAAUCACAUCAAAAUACUCAAGACGAAUGACAUGUUGGCAAUUGAUAAUUUCGGCAAUUCUCAUUGGUCUUGGCUCAUUUUUACUGUUUGGAAGUCUAAUUACACACACUGUUGUCGUGCCAAGUGUUGUUAAAAGCAGCAUUGAAGAUAACUCGCGCCUAAUCAACGGAUCAGUCCUGUGGCAGAAAUGGACCAUGCCCGAGUACAAGAUUCGCUUCAAUUUAUUCGUUUACUCAAUGAAAAAUCCGGAUGAAUUUAUGAAUGGAGCGAUUCCAGAAGUUUCCGGAUCCGGACCAUACGUUUUUGAUAAGAAACUCGAGAAUCGGGUGGUUUCGGCGUCGAAUGGAACUGUAAAGUAUCAGCGAUUUUUGUCCUAUAAGUUUAACGAAGACGAAUCAUGUCAAACGUGUAUUUUGGGCAAUCGGAUUUGGGUUCCCAAUAUGAUUUAUCAGAAAUUCGUCGAAGCAGCGUCGACAGAAGGAAUGAAAGCGGCCGCAACGACCCUCUUGUCCCAAACGGCAUUUCUAGAAGUGGAAGUCGAAGAAUUGCUAUUCGAAGGAUACAAAGACCCAUUUCUGGACAAGGUCUGCGAAAUUCCAUUCAUGAAUUUCGUUUGUGAGGCGAUUUUGGAUGUUCCCGAGCGAAUUGGACUGUUCUUCGAGGCCAAUAACACGGCUAGCAAGAUGUAUGAAAUCGACGAUGGCACUGAGAAUCCAGAGAAUUUAGGGAAGAUUCUGAAGUAUGACGAUGAGCAAUUGUUGGAUGAAACGUGGUGGAGUACGGAGGAGUCGUUGAAGAUUCGAGGCACCGAUGGGUCGCUGUUUCAUCCUUUUUUGAGGAAAGACGAGAAAUUAUGGGUUUAUGUCGCCGAGUUGUGCCGAUCGAUUUGGCUGGAAUUUAAGGAAGAAGUCGAGUAUCGUGGCCUAAAAGCGUAUCGAUACGUCGUACCGCCCGAGGUGUUCGAUAUAAGACAUCCGGGAAACGAGGGUUACUGUAAUCCAUCAGAAAAACAAUUCUUCUCUGCACAGUCUAAUGAUUCGUCUGGUUGCAUGCCAAAAGGUCUUCUAGAAAUUUCCAAAUGUCAAAAAUCGCAACCACCGAUUACGAUUUCGCUGCCCAACUUCCUUUUUGCACCUGAUGAAGUGAGACAAAGUGUUAAAGGGCUGAAUGAGACGGACGAUAUUCGAGACUCGAUUGUUGUGGAUAUUGAGCCGCGAGUCGGUGCGGUCCUCUAUGCUCGACGUGUAUCUCAAGUGAACAUUGAGAUGUGGAAGGGCAAAAAUUUGACGUUCCCAGUGAACCUGAAAAAGAUGAAAUCCGCGUUGAUCCCGGUGAUCAUUCUACACGAAACUUCGGAAAUCGACGAUGACUCGUUGGAACAAAUCCGUUCUCAGCUAUAUGAAACCGAACAAAUCGCAUACACUUCUUGUAAUAUUAUGAUGAUCAUUGGAGCGAUCUUGCUGCUUCUCGGCAUUCUAUUUUUAGCGUUUUCGCUCGGUCUUUUCGAUUCUCUGCUCGGCCGUCGACCGAAACGAUCUGAUGGCCUAUCUCCAGAACCUCUUCCACCGUAUAUUCCAAAAGGAGAACCCAAUGGAUUCCAUACUAAUCACGCCUACAUGUGA